AUGCUGAAGAACACCCUACUCUUGGCUUCAACAGCACUCGUCGCAGCACAAUCCUCCUCCUCUGAGCCAUGCGCGAGUGUUGCGUCGCAGCUCCAGGAAUCAACGAGUAUCGAGGCACAGGCCGCGUUUGACUGUCUGGAUUCAGUCCCUGUUGACGUCCAAGGAAACUCUCAGCUUAUCGAUGAGCUAAAGGAGCUUUGGCAGUUCCAGUCUGAACUCGUAUGGCUGAAGAAACCUGGCGAUGACUGGGAGUUUGGACCCCUGGACAUCGAAGCCGAACUGGACAACGUAAAGAACAACCUCGAUUCUUUCUCCAGCGAAUAUGCGGUUCAACUUGCCAUCCAAAACAUCACUAUCCGGACCGGAAAUUUCCAUUUCAACUACCGGCCUGAUAUACUUCAGGUGUUCUCAUUCUUCAGACAGGCCAAUGUUGCCUCCAUCUCCGAGGACGGCAAAGCGCUUCCAAAGCUCUAUUUGGCUGAUGAUGUUGCAAGCGUAGCCGAGGGUAGCUCAGAUGUUUCCGAGAUCACGGAAAUCAACGGUCAGAACCCAUACGACUUCCUGACGUCUAAUGCCUGGUCACAGUACAUCGACUCCGAUGGACUACUCAACAACAUGCUAGCAAAGGGAGACACGGAUAACACUGGCGCGUUUAUGGAUCAAACGAAAUACGACGGCCCUAGCACUGAUAUCACUUGGGCAAAUGGCUCUACAGCUUCCGUUCCGAACGGAGCUAGCACAGAUCGCAGCUUCGUUGGCGUGACUGAUGGACAAUCUUUCUUCGAUACCUUCUGCGUCGGUUCAACCGAUUCACCUCUCUCAGCUAGCACAAAGGGUGUUUCUGAUUCCUCCGAUGUCGCUCUUCCAAAACCCAAGCUACCUUCUGUAUUCGACCAUAUCGUCGCACCUAGUGCUCCCGGACCAGUUCCUCGAAUUCCUCUCGGUACAAAUCGCAACAAACGACAGACGAUGGGAAGCACCCCUGGUUCCUAUGCGGUGAACAUUGUUGCAGCAGACUCGAAUGGUGUUGUUGUUGGUGCCUUCCUCAGUGGAGAAGGUUAUGACGAUAUAGCGGUCCUCAAGAUCAUAUCAUUCAGUAACCCGGGUUCCGACUUGACCGAAAGUGAGUUCGGCACGGAUUUCCAGCAAACCGUUUCUUCUUUCCUUACCCAAUGCGUGAGCGAGAACAAGCAGAAACUCAUCAUCGAUCUGCGCGAGAAUGGCGGCGGCAGCACAAAUCUACUUCUCGACACAUUCAUACAGCUGUUCCCCGAAAUGGAGCCUUUCUCUGGACAGCGAUACAGGGCCAGCGAUGCCUUUGUCAAGAUUGGCGAUGCGGUCAAUGAGAUCAGAAGUGAUCCCGCCAAAGCUAAUGAGUAUGCCUCAUUGCUCAAUGAGAGCAUAGAAGAAGGCUCCAUGUACAGAUACUGGUCAUGGUGGCACUUCCGCAAUGCUGACGGGGCCGACUUCAAAGGCUGGGAUGACUUUGAUGGUCCGGUCGAAUUGAACGGCGACUCAUUCACGAGGACAAUGCGGUACAACUAUACCGAUCAAGUGUCUAUCCUCCCCCCUGACUGGUAUUUCACGAACGGUACUCGCCCCACCCCCUUCAAGGCGGACAACGUCGUCAUGUACACCGAUGCCCUAUGUGGUUCAUCCUGCGCUUCUUUCCACGAAGAGCUAAAGAACAUCGCCGGUGUAAAGGCAGUGACAGUCGGUGGCCGUCCAGAGAACAAGCCCAUCCAAACUGUGACCGGAUCAAAGGGUGGUGAAGUAACCCCUCUGUUUUUCUGGCAACAGUACGCCCAAGUCGCAUUGAACAUAAGCACCGCUCUUUCCCUAUCGGCCUAUUCUGACAAUGACGCCGCCCUCUCUGCCGUCGCCAACGUCCCGCAAGUACUUACACGCGCCGGAGACCGAUCAUCGCGCCUUCAGUCCCAAGACCAGGUCCGAAAAGGCGAUGCUUCUGGAACACCUCUCCAGUACAUCUACGAAGCCAGUGACUGCAAGAUUUUCUACACUGCGACUACCUACGCUGAUCCUGAUGCUGCUUGGAAGCAAGCCUGGGACGCCUUCCAGGAUGACAGCAAGUGUGUCGAGGGCUCUACGGGACAUGCGAGUUCCAUCUCCGGAGGCUUCAAGGCAUACGGUCCGGGUGAGCUGAAGGCGGAGGAUCAGCCCAAGGGAAAUGGAGGCGGAAGCGGAGGCAGUGGAAACGGGGAUGACGAAAGCGCUGCGAGCAUUGGAGGAGUAAGUGGCUUGGUGAUUACCGCUGCUGCUAUCAUCAGCGCUAUGAUGCUGUAG